AUGUCUUAUCUUUGUCUGGGGCCUAUGAGUGCAGGAAAAACGCUUUUGCUGACAUGUUUACAAAAACCAGAAUCGGUGAACUUUACCUCUCAUUCCGUACCGAGUGUGGGCACUAAUUUAUACACCAUCAAAAUACCUCCUAUUGUUAUCGAUGAAAAAGAUGUAAAUCAAAAAAUCCCUGCUCCCGGAAAGCGCAAAGACCUCGUGCAGGUGCGUGAGGUUGGUGGCUGUCUAGCACCUAUUUGGCGCGAUUAUCUUCUAGCUCCCGUUGAAAAACUUAUGUAUGUGGUCGACACAUCUAAUCUUUGUCAAAUUUCCGCGGCAGGCGUCCUUUUGUACUCCAUGCUCGCCGAACCAAAAUUACAGAGAACAAAGUUUUUGCUUGUGUUGUCCAAAAUGGAUCUGGCCUACCGUCAAAUGAGGAAUGAAGCGCUCCUGAUGCUUCAGAUGGAAAAGUUCCAAAAGCAAAUACCUCAAAACAUCACAAUAGUGCAGUUCAGUGCUAUAACAAAGGAAGGAAUGGACGAAAUAUACGAUUGGUUAGCGGCUAUCUAG